AUGAAGGGAACACUGGCCGCCACAGCGCCGACGUCGCGCCGGACCAACCAACAGCAACAACCGCAGCAGCCGCAAACGCAGCCUACGGAGGUACAGACACAGGUUCCCCAGCAGGACGCCCCGCCGCCCGCCCUGGGUCCUGGCUCGGACUAUGGCGAGAAUGGAGGGCCGCCCACGCCCGUGGUCUUCACGGGCGGGGAGGCUCCCCUUUACUCCGCCACAGCCGCCACGGAGCCUCACCAUCCAGCACUCUAUUCACCGCCUGCGUCACUCCCUCAAGAGCCGCUUUAUCCUCCCGCAGCUUCUUUGGCUCAGCCUCCGCCGCCUCCGCACCCGCAGGUGUACCCACAUUACUACCCGCUACCCGAGUACCCUGCUCUGCGGCCCGAGUACCGUGCCUACCAGCCGUACCCGCCGCCGCGGCCCGACGAUCCGACUCGGCCUGUGCAGUAUCCGCACUACCCGCCCUACCAUUUCUGA